AAUACCACUGGGGAGCUCUGUGAGAUUGCAGUUGGUACGAGCUGCUGAGCUGAGACCUUGCAUUCCUCACACCUCCUAAAGCUUAUUUCAUCCUUUUUCUCUUCUUCCUAGUUUAAAUAUUUCAGAUAUAUAAUUUAUUUUCCACAAGCAGGCUUGGAGGAGCUACAAUUUCCUGGGGACUUGGAAGUACUCGGCGAGACCCGUGCUGAGCCACAGGAGUCUCUGCAAGAAAACCUACUGUCAUCUUCGUCUCCACUUCUGCUGUCUGUAGAAGAGGAGGCAGCAUGAAUCCUGCCCUGCCUUGGAUCCUUCCUCUUGGAUGUGUUCUGCUCCUGACAACAGCAGCCAAAUGCUUUAUCUUGCCCAACUCAAGUCACCUGGAGAGCAUUCUGAGUAAAUAUCAGGAUGGGGAAACUCACUCCAGAUCCAAGAGAGCCAUUUUAUUCUCAGACAGACAGGAGAUACUGAUGCUCCACAAUAAAUUGAGAGGUCAAGUGUACCCAGCAGCCUCUAAUAUGGAAUAUAUGACCUGGGAUGAUGAGCUGGAAAGAUCAGCCCACGCAUGGGCUCAGCAGUGCAUCUGGGACCAUGGGCCUAGUGACCUCAUCAGGUCAAUUGGACAGAACUUGGCGGUUCACUGGGGCAGGUAUCGGUCUCCAGCUUUCCAUGUCCAGUCUUGGUAUGAUGAAGUUAAAGAUUACACAUACCCGUAUCCUCACGAGUGCAACCCGUGGUGCCCAGAGAAAUGCACUGGCUCUAUGUGUACUCAUUACACCCAGAUAGUCUGGGCCACGACGAACAAGAUCGGCUGUGCCGUGAACGUCUGCAAGCAGAUGAACGUCUGGGGAGAAAUCUGGGAGAAUGCUGUCUACCUGGUCUGCAACUACUCGCCGAAGGGCAACUGGAUUGGAGAAGCCCCAUACAAGGCCGGCCGCCCCUGCUCCGAGUGCCCGCCGAGCUACGGAGGAGGCUGCCAGAACAACCUCUGCUACAAAGAUUAUCGUUACGAAGAUCCUGUCAUCACUGAGACGGAUGAGACUAAUGAAGUGGAGAUUUCGCAGGUGGCGGAGCAAAAGCCUGUUCGGUUCUACCCUCCAGAAAGCAAACCCAGCAAGACCAAGAAAAUCAUCCUGGAUUCCUACAUGACACAAGUCAUUACCUGUGAAACCAAGAUGAGAGACAAAUGCAGAGGCUCAACGUGCAACAGGUAUUUGUGCCCAGCUGGCUGCUUGUACAGUAAGGGAAAAAUCUUUGGAACAUUUUAUUAUGAGAGUUCAUCGAGCAUAUGUCGUGCUGCAAUUCACUACGGCAUCCUGGACAAUAAAGGAGGACUGGUUGAUAUCACAAGGAAGGGGAGGACACCGGCUUUUGUGAAGUCUACCAGGAAUGGUGUGGAGUCUUUUAGGAAAAGUAAACCUUCAAAUGCAUUCAUGGUUUCCAAAGUCACAACACAGACGCUGGAUUGCUAUACUACAGUAGCUGAGCUGUGCCAGUUCAAAAAGCCGGUGACCCACUGCCCAAGGAUUUAUUGCCCAGCCCACUGUAAAGAUGAGCCAUCGUACUGGGCACCGGUGUUUGGCACAAACGUUUAUGCAGAUAGUUCCAGUAUCUGCAAAACUGCAGUGCACGCAGGAGUCAUUCCAGAUGAAAGUGGUGGUUUUGUGGAUGUGAUGCCUGUAGAAAAGAAGAAAAGUUAUGUUGGCUCCUUAAGAAAUGGAGUUCAGUCUGAGAGCUUGAAGAAUCCUUCAGAUGGAAAUGCUUUCCGAAUUUUUGCUGUGAAGCAGUAGAUUCCUAGGGAAGGUGCAGAUUUCUUUGGGAGCACGCUCUGUUGAUGUCCAGAGACAGGAAGGCUCCUCUGAUGGCAUCAGAUCUGACUGUACCUUCCUUGCCAAUCUCUUUCAGGGAAUUAAAAAAGAAAAGGGGAAAAAAAAAAAAAAAAAGAAAAAAAAAAAGACACCA